CUUUCCGGGUCCUUGCACACUUGGGCCCAACUCCUGCAGAGCUAAGGUCGAGGGGGAUCCGGAAGAAACCCUCUGAACAGGAACCGAAAUGAAUAAAAGUAGCUGGCAGAGUAGGAGAAGACGUGGGAGAAGAAGCCACCAGCAGAACCCUUGGUUCAGACUCCGUGAUUCUGACGACAGGUCCAACUCCCAGGCAGCACAGCCCGCUCAAGAUUCUGGCAGCCGUGAUGACGGGUCUCCGUCGACCUCGUCUGGCACAGCUGGGGCCUCCUCUGUGCCAGAGCUGCCUGGGUUUUACUUUGACCCUGAAAAGAAACGCUACUUCCGCUUGCUCCCUGGACAUAACAACGGCAACCCCCUCACGAAGGAGAGCAUCCGGCAGAAGGAAAUGGAGAGCAAGAGACUGCGGCUGCUGGAGGAAGAGGACAAGCAGAAAAAGAUUGCCAGCAUGGGAUUUAAUGCAUCUGCCAUGCUACGAAAAAGCCAGCUGGGUUUUCUCAACGUCAGCAAUUAUUGCCGUUUAGCCCACGAGCUGCGUCUCAGCUGCAUGGAGAGGAAAAAGGUUCAGAUUCGGAGCUUGGAUCCCUCUGCCUUGGCAAGCGACCGAUUUAACCUAAUACUGGCAGAUACCAACAGUGACCGGCUCUUCACAGUCAAUGAUGUCAAAGUCGGAGGCUCCAAGUAUGGCAUCAUCAACCUGCAGAGUCUGAAGACCCCCGCGCUCAAGGUGUUCAUGCACGAAAACCUCUACUUCACCAACCGGAAGGUGAACUCGGUGUGCUGGGCCUCGCUGAAUCACUUGGAUUCCCAUAUUCUUCUGUGCCUCAUGGGACUCGCAGAGACUCCAGGCUGUGCCACCCUGCUCCCAGCAUCACUGUUUGUCAAUAGUCACCCAGCAGGAAUAGACCGGCCUGGCAUGCUCUGCAGCUUCCGGAUCCCUGGUGCCUGGUCCUGUGCCUGGUCCCUGAAUAUCAAAGCAAAUAACUGCUUCAGUACAGGCUUGUCUCGGCGCGUCCUGUUGACCAACGUCGUGACGGGACACCGGCAGUCCUUUGGGACCAGCAGUGACGUCUUGGCCCAGCAGUUUGCUCUCAUGGUUGGUUGGAUUGGGACAGGCAGAAUAAAGUUUGCCCCAGGUGGAAAUGUGGCAGAUUGAAAAAAAAAAAAAAAAAAAGCAGA